GGCGCCGCCCCCCCGGCGCCGGGGCUGCCGUGCUCGUGUUUGGCGGCGGGGACAGUCAAAGUGGCUCCCAUAGGGAGAGACGGCGAGUCCGCCCCGGCGCUGCGAGAGGGAGGGAGGGGGCGCGGGCAGAGGGAGCCCCAGGGUCUGCGGCCGCCCGUCCGCCCUCCCUGCCCGGCGUGUGCCCGGCUCCGCCGCUCGCUUCCUGCGCCGCUGACGGAGGGAGGAGAGAGCGCUCCGGCUGGGAGAGAAGAAAAGAAAGAGAGAGAAAAGAAAGAAAGAAAAGAAGAGAGGAAAGGGGGGGGGAAACUUGCCUCUCUUGUCACUGGAAAAUGACACUUGAUGUAGCAGAGCCUGCCGCAGCUCCCGUUCAUCCUAUUGUUUCUUAAACUGCCAUCAGAGAUUUUCUUUUUUUCUUUUUUUUUUUUCCGCCUGCUGCCAUCCAAGGGGUGUCUUCAUACAAAAGGGACUUCAAGUACUCCUCCGGCUCGUGAGCACUACAGCAGCCCCCCGCAGCCCCCCGCCAGCCCCUCCGCGCACCCAAACAAACUGCACACGCAGCAGCCAGCGGCGACAGAACCGCGCUCUGCCUGCCUCUGGAUUUUUUCUUUUCUUUUCUUUCUUUUUUUUUUUUUAAAUGUGCGUGUCUCUGUUUGCGCUCUCUGACUUGCUCUGAUUCCAGAGAUCAGCUGCAGAGAGCGAAAGAAAGAAAGAGAAAAAAACACAUAUAACAGUCCGCCUGGCGAUUUUAUAACUAUUUUUUUUUUGAGUGAAGAAGGAAGAUUUGCGCUGUUGUUUCUGAUUCAUGUUUGGGAUCCAGGAAAGCAUCCAGCGGAGUGGGAGCAGCAUGAAGGAAGAGCCCCUCGGCGCGGGGAUGAACGCGGUGCGGACGUGGAUGCAGGGAGCCGGCGUCCUGGACGCCAGCACGGCCGCUCAGAGCGGAGUGGGUCUGGCCCGGGCUCACUUCGAGAAACAGCCUCCCUCCAACCUGAGGAAGUCCAACUUUUUCCACUUCGUCCUGGCUCUGUACGACCGGCAGGGGCAGCCCGUGGAGAUCGAGCGCACCGCCUUCGUGGGCUUCGUGGAGAAGGAGAAGGAAGCCAACAGCGAAAAGACCAACAACGGGAUCCACUACCGCCUGCAGCUGCUCUACAGCAACGGGAUCAGGACGGAGCAGGAUUUUUACGUCCGCCUCAUCGACUCCAUGACCAAGCAGGCGAUAGUAUAUGAAGGCCAAGACAAGAACCCAGAAAUGUGCCGAGUUCUGCUCACACAUGAAAUAAUGUGCAGCCGCUGUUGUGACAAGAAAAGCUGUGGCAACAGAAAUGAGACUCCAUCAGAUCCAGUGAUAAUUGACAGGUUCUUCUUGAAAUUUUUUCUCAAAUGUAACCAAAAUUGCCUAAAAAAUGCAGGAAACCCACGAGACAUGCGUCGAUUUCAGGUUGUGGUGUCUACAACAGUCAAUGUUGAUGGCCAUGUGUUGGCAGUGUCGGACAACAUGUUUGUACACAACAAUUCCAAGCACGGGCGGAGAGCUCGAAGACUCGAUCCCUCGGAAGGUACGCCUUCUUAUCUGGAACAUGCAGCUACACCAUGUAUCAAAGCCAUCAGUCCAAGUGAAGGAUGGACUACAGGAGGUGCCACUGUCAUCAUCAUAGGAGACAAUUUCUUUGAUGGGUUACAGGUCAUAUUCGGCACCAUGCUGGUUUGGAGUGAGCUGAUUACUCCUCAUGCCAUCCGAGUGCAGACGCCUCCCCGACAUAUCCCAGGGGUUGUAGAAGUCACAUUGUCCUACAAGUCUAAGCAGUUCUGCAAGGGAACUCCUGGAAGAUUCAUUUACACAGCUCUGAACGAACCCACCAUUGACUAUGGUUUCCAAAGGUUACAGAAGGUUAUCCCCCGGCACCCUGGUGACCCCGAACGCUUGCCAAAGGAAGUAAUACUUAAGAGGGCUGCUGAUUUAGUAGAAGCACUCUAUGGUAUGCCACAUAAUAACCAGGAAAUAAUCCUGAAAAGAGCAGCAGACAUUGCAGAAGCCCUCUACAGUGUUCCCCGCAAUCACAACCAGCUCCCUGCCCUUGCUAACACGUCAGUCCAUGCGGGAAUGAUGGGAGUGAAUUCCUUUAGCGGUCAACUAGCUGUCAAUGUUUCCGAAGCCUCGCAGGCCACCAAUCAGGGUUUUACUCGCAACUCAAGCAGCGUGUCACCUCAUGGGUACGUGCCAAGCACCACCCCUCAGCAGACAAAUUAUAACUCUGUCACAACAAGCAUGAAUGGCUAUGGGAAUGCUGGAAUGUCAAAUUUAGGCGGUUCUCCAACCUUCCUGAAUGGAUCUGCUGCCAAUUCUCCCUAUGCCAUUGUGCCAUCAAGUCCAACAAUGGCCUCCUCCACUAGCCUCCCCUCAAACUGUAGCAGUUCCUCUGGGAUUUUCUCCUUCUCACCAGCCAACAUGGUCUCAGCGGUGAAACAGAAGAGUGCUUUUGCGCCUGUUGUGAGACCGCAAACUUCUCCUCCUCCCACCUGCACCAGCACCAACGGCAAUAGCCUGCAAGCUAUAUCUGGCAUGAUUGUUCCCCCCAUGUGAAAGAAUUGCCUUGAAGAAUUUUAUUAAUGAAGAGGUUGAAUUCUGCUUCAGAGUGAAUCUGAUACAAGUCCCAGAGUGGAACUUUUUACUCAGGCCUUUUUAAAAAAAAAAAAAAUGAAAUAAAGAAGAAUCUUACAAUAACUGCGGAUUUUUAAAGAAAACAAAAAUCACCAUCCUUGCAAAUACUGAAAUUAACAAUCUGCAAUUGCAAGGUGUUGAUUCAAGUUGUCCAUCCCAAAUACAUGGGAGAUAUAUUUAUUGUAUGUUGAUAAAAAAAAAAAAUCCACUUUUUUGUGGGGUGGGGGCUUGCUUUUGUUUUCAUUUUUUUCUUCUUUUUUGUGUUUUUUUAAGGCUUGAUUUAAGUCAACACCAUUUGUCUUUUAUAAGUCAUACAAGUAUGCGAGGGACACUAGAGAUGGAACUCCAUGUUUUUAAUUUAUGAUUUUUUUUUUUAAAGCUGUGUAAAGAAAAAUGAAGUGGUGUCAUUUACAACCAAGUCUGUACGGGACAGAAUAGAAGUGCCAGUUAGUUUUUCGUAGAAGAAUUAUGGCCAUUUAAUUAAGGGUCGGCUUAUAUCGGUUGCUUAUCCAGUGGUGAUUUGCUAAUACGAUGCAUUUUCAAUGUUCCCAUUCAAUAGAUGUUACUCCCUAGAGAGGUGAUAUUUUUGGAUGGUGAGGGUGGGUUUGGGGGGGGGGGUGUUUGUAACCCCUAAUAUCAGGCUUAAUAAUCGUGUAGAUAAUGCCACAAGGAAAGUCGGUGGAAGCGGAGGUAAGGAUGCAACCAACAAGCACGUUUCCCCUUGAGCUGCAAAUCCAGUGCCUCUAGACACAGUGCUAAAACCCUGGAGCGCCGUCAGCCUCCCCCUCCCCGUGCCGCUGCACUCGCAGCAGCCGGCUCGAAGCACCCGCGCUUCUGCCACCCUCCCACUAGGAUUGGUGCCAUAUCAGUCGACCCUCUCAGUUUGUAUCAUAAUAUAUUAAGCAACAGGUAACUGCUUUUUGAAUAGUAAGUGGAAACACGAGUUUUGGGGGGGGGUGGAGGGGUGGGAGUGUUAAGAAGGUUUCGAAUCAAAACCAUAGCUUCUGUUUUACAAGAAUUUUGCUAUCAUUAUCUGGGAAGUGUUCUUAAAAACUAUUAGUCCAAGAGGCAGCAAAGCUCUGAAGAUGCAUUACCUGAUAUUUUUUCUUUGCUGUUGUGUUUUGUAUGUAGUUAUAAAUACUGUAGAUUUUUUGUGAUUUUUUGCCAAAGUUGUUGUUCUAUUUAUACAUUUUAAUGUCUUAAGACAGUUUUUCAAUAUCACAAAAAAGAAUUUUACUGCAUAUUUUGCAAAAAAAAGAGCUCACUACCUUUAGCUUGCACAUACUUGCAAAAUUAAUUAAAGAAAAAAAAAGCUUUUUGUUUCUGUUUUUUUUGUUUGUUUGUUUUAAAGGGGAUUUUGUAAAAUAUCCAUAUAAAUAAUGUAUUUAUCUUUGGAAUUUGUACAUUGCUUUUUUUCCCCCUACCCCAAUUUAUUUUAUUGUGUAUGUUUGCUAUGUGAAAAAGUGCUGAUUUGUUUGGUCAUUCACCGUUGUAUUAGCUGUUUAAAUGUGAUUUUAAAACAUUUCAUUUAUAGGUUUUUUUUUAGUAUUGUUUAAAACCAUGCUUCCAUUUUUUUAAUUUCCACCCAAAAGCCAUUGUCUAUUUUUGUAUUAUUUGUAAGUUAAGAAGUUUUUUCCAAUAUAUGGCAAAAAGUAGCAUAUUAUUCUUGUAGCAUUUAGUUAUGUAGAUUUUAAAAAAAUGUAUCCUUUGCUUUUGAGGCUUAACAAAAACUAAUGCUGUUUUACUCUAUUAAUAUGCAUGGGAUUUCUCCUCUUUGGAGUGACGCAUUUUUGUGCAUUAAAUAUGGGGAGAAACUUCAUAGAACUCAAUGAAAAUACUUUCUUUCUUAAGUCUGCUUGUAUAUUUCUCUGUCUUUCACAUAAAUAUAAACCAGCAGAUUGGAUGCCUUAACAAUGCAAAUCAUAUUCAUUUCACUUGUACAUUGUACUGUGCACCAGAACUGUCAAUCAUCACUAACAUUCUAAGAAAAAAAAAAAAAAGGAAUUGAAAAGCACAAAAGAACUGUUUUGUUACCUUAAAACAAUAUAACUUUUUUCUAGUCGAGCAAGAAAUCAUUUACAACGAUGCUGCAACUGUGCAUGCUUCCUGUAUGAAUUUUGCAAUGGUUUUCACUAGAAUGUCACAGUGUGAUCUUUUGGGGGAAGGGAAGAAAACAGGAUUUUUUUUUUUAUGAUGAGAAAAUAAAAGGAGAACAAAACUGGAAAAUGUGAGAGACAUCAGUUUAUUGCUUCUCUGUAUUCCAAGUGAUUAUUCUAAUUCACGUAGUACGCAACAGCACGACAAUGUAAUCAAAUUUAAAGCCAUAUUUUGUCCAGUGACACCAUCAAUUACUCUUGUAGAGCUCCACUCAAAAUCAUAGCAAUUUUGACAUCAGUGUUCGCCAUCUACAUUUGUAGUCUUUUACGACAGUGUCCAAAGAUCCUUUGACAAUGUGCAUAAUUUUGUUUUGUUGCAGCUAUUUAUAGUGAUCUGAUGAAUGGGACUUUAUAAAAAUCCCCUUGUACCACCCUCAUCUUUUACAAAGUAAAAGAUGCAGCUGUUUACAGAAUAUGGCUUUAAGUGGAAACGUUCAGAUUUCAGUUUUAAAAAGGUGAAGCCUCACAAUGACUGGAUUGCAUAAAGUAUGCCUAUUUCCUCACAGUUGUACUAGGAUGCAGCUAAAAUGAAGUCAUCUCUGAAACUACUAACCUUUCACCUUCUUAUCUAAAUCUUUUUGAAUAGACACACACACUGUACAGUUCUAUUGUUAGAGAAACUAACUACUGUAGAGAUUGUUAUAAUUUUUUUGCAGAAAUUCAAGCUGUAAAAACUUUUCAACUUUCACAAUAUUUAAUUAAAGUUACUUCCUGUCUGUGAA